UAUGUGGUCCAAUAUUCUCUUUAUUGGUCCUCCUAAUAAUUUGGUUUAAGGAUUCGGUUCUACAGCUUAAAUGAAUCCAGUAAACUAUAUGUGCUUUGAAGAUUAGAGAGCACAACUGCAUACAAGAAUGAAGACAACUGCAAGAAGCACAACUGCAUGAAAGUUCAAAUUUCUACUAACUUGAACUUCAGGUUUGUUAGGGUGAAAGGAAUUGAGUUUGGCCAAAUUUAAAAUGGCUAGAUCACAAAAAUCUUCUGUGACAUACACAAGGAUGUUUGUUUACAUGAUGGUGAUCAUUCUCGUUGCGGUCGUCGCGGUACUUCAGAGUUUAGCAUUUCCCUCUAAGAUUGCUUUCUCAUCUGCUCAUCCUCCGCUGGGAAUUACUUUCAUCGAAAAGGCGAGCUUAAUUCCAGAAGCUCCUUCGUUUCCGUUGUGGGUUGGAAAGCACUCCCUUUUGAGUGAUCGAAGCAAAUUUAUCACUUCAUCGACAACUCAACAAACCAAUAUAAUUGAUGUAGCAGCACAAGAAUUUAAUGAAAUGUUGGAAUAUGAGGAAGCGAGAAUUCCACUUGAAGAUGGCUCAUCCAACUUGGUUGAUAGAGUUAACACAACAAUUAUGAAAAGUAAGAACAAGAACAAGAAGAAAGAGAAGAUGGUAAUGCCCCCAGUUUACCUUUCAAAGAUGAAUCAAAUGCUGCUUCAGAAUCGAGCAUCGUAUCGUUCGACGAGGCCUCUAUGGUAUUCGGUACGGGACGACGAGAUUUUAGCCGCAAAGUCGGAGAUUGAGAAUGCUCCGAUUAUAACUGACGAUGAACAACUAUAUGUGCCGAUUUAUCGCAACAUUUCCAUGUUUAAAAGGAGCUAUGAAUUGAUGGAAAAAAUGCUUAAGGUGUAUGUGUACAAGGAAGGCGAUAAGCCCAUCCUUCACCAGCCACUGCUGAAGGGUAUAUAUGCAUCUGAAGGAUGGUUCAUGAAGCUAAUGGAGUCGAAUAAUCACUUUAUUGUAAAGGACCCUGGAAAAGCACACUUGUUCUACAUGCCAUUUAGUUCUUGUAUACUGAGAUUUCACUUGUAUGAUCCCGCGACGCACAAUCGGGGGCUUUUAGAGUGGUACUUGCGGAACUACGUCCAUACAAUUGCAGCAAAAUAUCCUUUCUGGAACAGAACAAGUGGCGCCGACCAUUUUCUCGCCGCUUGUCAUGAUUGGGCUCCAUCCCAAACUAAACUAACAAUGAAACACGCAAUCCGAGCACUCUGCUCCGCUGAUCUCCGCAACGGAUUCCGGCUAGGCAAGGACGUCUCGCUCCCUCAAACCCCUAUCCGGAAUCCGAAGCGCCCUCUCAUAAACCUCGGUGGGAGUCCGCCCCGCAAGCGGCCUACUCUCGCCUUCUUUGCAGGGAACACGCAUGGCGGCCUCCGGCUGACACUUCUUGAACACUGGGAGAACAAAGACCCCGACAUGAAAAUAUACGGUCCGGCGUUCCGUCGCGCCAGCACCAACAUGACUUACGUCGAGCACAUGAAGAGGAGCAAGUACUGCAUUUGCCCGCGGGGCUACGAAGUUAACAGCCCGCGGGUAGUGGAGUCCAUCUUCUAUGAAUGUGUUCCGGUGAUCAUUGCUGAUAACUACGUGCCGCCUUUUUUCGAAGUGUUGAAUUGGGAGGCGUUUUCGGUGACGGUUCCGGAGAAGGAUGUGAGUAGGUUGAAGGAGAUUCUUGUUUCGAUUCCGGAAGAGAAGUAUUUGUUUUUGCAGAAGGGGGUGAGGGAGGUGCAGAAGCACUUCCUGUGGCAUAAUAAGCCGGCGAAGUACGACGCUUUUCGCAUGAUCCUUCAUUCAAUCUGGUUCAGUAGAGUUUUCAGCAUAUGAACCAAGAUCAGAGGUGAAUUUUUAUCCUCUUCUUUUUUUCUUUUGCCCUGAAGAAAAAUGGUGAAAAUAGUGAAGAUGUAAUGGCCGUUAAGGAAACGGUUAGAAUAUAUAUAUAUAUUUUUUUCCUUUUUACUUUUUUCCCCCCUCCUCAAAA